CGAUGAUCGGCGCAACGAACGAGCCUUGUCUGUCCGCCCAGGGUUCGAUAACGCUAGUCGCGACGAAAUAAAAAAAUGGAAACCAUCCGCCGUUUGUUCACGACCUGUUAUUGUUUACCAUCGCCCUCCGUUCAGGGCAUCAUCCACCAUGCUAGGCUUUAAUAACCCACUGCCGUCGUCGAUGGCCAGCGAAUGCUCGAAGGCCGCGAAGAUCCUAGAAUCAUUCAUCAACCCCAAAGAUACGGCUCGGGAUGCAGCGAUUCCAAGCAAGGUGCUCACAGAAGCCAAGGGAUUUGUGGUUUUCUCGGUUUUCACCCUCGGCGCAUUGGCCUCGAUCAAAUUUGGCUCGGGGUUAAUCGUGGCCCGGUUACCAGAUGGAAGCUGGUCCGCCCCGUCCGCUAUCGCGACUGGGGGGCUUGGAGCAGGUACCCAUCUGGGCUUGGAGCUGACGGACUUUCUUCUCGUCCUGAAUACGGACAAAGCGGUCGAUACCUUUUCCCGAGCAGGUGCCCUCACUGUGGGAAGUGACUGCUCCAUGGCCCUAGGGCCGUUCGGAAAAUGCUCUAGCCGCGACCAGGCUGGUCUGUAUACCUAUUCCAAGGCUCGCGGGCUCUAUCUCGGACAUACCUUUGAGGGUGGUGUACUCCUGGAGCGCUCUGAUGCCAACAGUAAGAUGUACGGCAAGCGGGUGAAAGCAAAGCAGGUGCUCAAAGGGGAAAUACCUGCCCCGCCAGAGUCCAAACGCCUGAUAGAUUUUCUGAACGCCAAUGCGCCUCUCGCUCCAACUCCUUCAACUUCUACGACCAAUGUCACAUCAGUGGGAAAGCCGCCAACGCCACCACCACGGCCCAUGGCCAGUCCGCACCUGGGCAAUCCACACUCAUCCAACUCUAUCGGCCAUCCCCCGUACUCUCCGGGCGCCAGUCCUUACUCCCCAGAUUCAUAUCAACAUCAACCUCACCCACCGCAAACCUAUUCACCUCAGCCCUAUCAGCACCAAACUCACCCACCGCAAACCUAUUCACCUCAGCCCUAUCAACAUCCGUCCGAGCCGCCCCCGCCCUACUCACCUCAACCUUACCCAGGCUAUUCCCACUCACCGAAUUCUCACUCGCCCCACCCUCAUUCACCGAAUCCUCACUCACCCUACUCCCACCCGUCCCAAUCCUACCAACCUCCGCCAAACACUGCAGAGCUACAUUCUCACUCUGCCCCGCCGCCUCCGAUUGCGGAACUGGACAGUACCAGUAUCCCAGCAAUUUGCGAACUCCCAGCCGACAACACCCCACAUAACCCGUCCGGCCAACAGCCCAACUAUAACCCGCCGGCUUCUCAGCCGUCGCCGACGGGCGGAUAUUUCUCGGGAGGCGCCCAGUCUCCGACUCAUGCAGCGAAUGGGCAUCCUCAGGACGGUCAUGCGUCGGGUGUUCUGGCUGCUAGUCAGGACACUGCAUUCUCGCCUACCGCGACGCCCGCUCCGUUGAUCAUCCGGAAGCAAAGCGAUAACAAUGUCCCCUCGAACCUAGCACCGGGGCGGUCUGCCUCAUCGUCCAGCAAUGGCAAUUCGCAGGCCAAUGCGCAUGCUACGCGCAGAGAUGAGCUAUUCUUGUCUUGAAGUUCUAUGGCGUGGGAGGUGAGCCAAGCGGAAGGCACUGGAGUGGUUCAACUCAGGUUGGUCCGAUAAUGGCACUUUCCUGGGAGUCAGAGACCAGUGAAAUAAGAGGAAUGUGACUGGAAGAUAUUAUACCCGAUGUUAAUAGUGCAAUAUAG